GCAAUUGAAAAGGUGUUUACACAGGUGGCCAGCGACUCGGAAACUCGGUUGGUAGUUACUGCUACCGGAUAGGGCAAAUAUCGUAGGAUGGAGUGAGCCGAUGGCGACGCUGUGGCUGUGGCUCUUGCUCCACCUGUUCCCACUUUGCUGGGCGGCCGGCAACGAGGCCAACAGUCGAAUUGUGGGCGGUGUCCCAGUGGAUAUUGGCAAUGUGCCCUACCUAGUGAACCUGCGCAUCGCUGGGAGGUUUAUAUGCGGUGGUUCCUUGGUCACCCCGCAGCAUGUCGUCACCGCCGCCCAUUGCGUCAAGGGAGUGGGUGCUUCUCGUAUUCUAGUCGUUGCCGGAGUCACAAAACUUACGGAAACUGGUGUACGGAGUGGCGUGGACAAGGUUUACACCCCAAAGGCCUACAACACCCAAACCCUUAGCACAGACGUGGCUGUUCUUAAGCUUAAAGCCCCCAUCAGUGGUCCCAAAGUGUCAACCAUUGAGCUAUGCAAUUCCACCUUUAAGGCAGGUGACAUGAUCAAGGUCUCCGGCUGGGGACAAAUCACGGAGCGCAACAAAGCGGUUUCAAUGCAGGUGCGCAGCGUGGACGUGGCUCUCAUUCCCCGAAAGACCUGCAUGAACCAGUAUAAGCUGCGUGGAACUAUUACCAACACCAUGUUCUGCGCCUCGGUGCCCGGGGUAAAGGAUGCCUGCGAGGGAGACUCCGGAGGACCGGCCGUCUAUCAGGGUCAACUCUGCGGAAUAGUCUCGUGGGGCGUGGGCUGUGCAAGAAAAAAUUCACCUGGAGUCUAUACGAAUGUCAAGACUGUUAGGAGCUUCAUCGACAAGGCUUUGGGCAUGUGAACCCAAAAUAUAGUACAAGUUUUAGAUGCUUUAGGCGUAACCGUAAGUAAUUAGAAAAUUGACAAUGUUUAGAAGAAAAGUUCCCAAUAAAUAUAUGAUUAUUUUAAGUAUA